AUGCAAGAAAAUGAUAAACUAUUCUUUAAAGUUUGGAGAAACAUAACAAUAUUAAAUGAAAUAAUUUAUCAUUUAAGAUUAUAUAGAGAUAAUUAUAAAAAAGAAUUUAAAAAUUUAAAAGAGUUUAAUUUUUAUCAGUUUAGAGACUAUAUUUCAGAAUUAGUUUUAGUUGAUAGUAAUGAUGAUGAUUUAAAUAAUAAUGAUGGUGAUAAUAAUAAUGAUGAUGAUUUAAAUUAUUUAAAAAAUUCAAUUACAUCAUUAACUUUUAAUGAUAAAUUUAAUGAACAAUUAAAUAAAAGUAAUUUCAGUUUAAAGAAUUCUUCAAUAAAAACUUUAAAAUUUGGUAAAAUGUAUAAUAAAAAACUAGAUUAUGAUUUAUUACCAAAUGGUUUAACAAGUUUAAUAUUUAAUAAAUUAUAUGAUCAACCAAUUUUACCAAAUUAUAUACCAUCUUCAGUAACAAAUUUAGAGAAUCCAUAUUUUUCAAAGCAAGAGGAUUUGAAUAAAGGUAUUAUACCAUCAUCUGUUAAAAUAUUAAAAUUUGAUGAUUCAUUUAAUUUUCCAUUAGAAAAUGGUUUUAUACCUAAAAAUGUUACAGAUUUAACAUUUGGUAUUGCAUUUAAUAUGAUAUUAAAAAAAGGUGAUAUUCCAUUUGGUUGUAAAUCAAUUACAUUUGGAAUUUGUUAUAAUCAACCUUUAAUACCAUUUGAAAGUAUACCUUUAUCUGUUGUUAAUGUUAAUUUUGGUUUAUGUUUUUCUCAACCAAUUAAACCAGGUGAUAUUCAAAAUAGUUUAGCAAUAAUAAAAUUUAGUUUAAAUAGGAAAAUUUUAAAUAAAUGA